AAGGACAUACAGUAGCUGGUAAUCACAUAAAACAGUAAACAAUAUAAUGUCCAGUUACUGCAUUUAUGUGAUUUUUCAACGAUGUCACACAGACUGGACUCAUGUGGACUAAACAGAGCUAUCAUUAGUGCAGCAGUCUGUACUUUGCCUGUUGGAACAGGUUACACUGGGUUUAAAGCAACUACCUUAGGGUAAUAAUAAUACUUAAGGUGCCAUAAGCUGCUGUUUACUCCAGAUGUACAGAAUGAAGCAGUGCACUAUGACUGUGUUGAGAAAUUGCACAAGUUUAAAUCUGGUUACUAUGGGAUUUAAUGUAAUUGUAUAUGUUUUUUAACCAUUUGUAAAAUAAACAAAUGUCUUUGUAAAAAAAAAAUCUGAAUUGUGUAGUGCAUGUGUCUCAUGCAGACCAAAGUAUUUUCCACAGUGUUACGCCUAUUACAGGAAGACCUGUAUAUGUGUGCGUGCGCGUAUGUGAGAGUGUGUGUGUGUGUGACGUCACGUCAUUGUUCAUCUCACCCACUCAGUUCAACAGUGAGCAGGUGACUUACACAGAAUUACACAGUAACAUGCCUGAGCAUUUGGUCAGCCCACAUACAAACAUGCACCAGAAUACCAUAUGUGUUACAUAACCACACAGCUUCACCGGUUUAAGAAUCACUGAGGUGGAGCCAGGCGUGUUAUAAGAGAGCAAAAGAAGAGAAGUGCAGGAAGUUGUUUAUGCGACUGGAGGACACAGCAAUGGAUAAAGUGCACUGAUGAACCAAAAUGACUCUUCUCCAACAGUCGGAACCAACAGCAGCUUCUCCUUCAGGAACAUAAGAGGAAAACGACCUCACUGCUACAUUCACCAAACUGGACUCUCAAGUUGAACCCGUCAAAUGACCAGAUGUUUUAUCCAGAUUGUCAGUUUACUAAAGUACGAUGGUUCCUGACCAUUGUUGGACUGGGCCUCUAUUUGGUGGAUGUUGGAACAGACAUAAGCCUGGCUGUGGGGUAUUUUCUUGUGGAACAGUAUGCCUGGAGUGGACUGACUGUGCUCUUCAUUCUGGUUGGACUGCUUGUGACGCAGCUCUUCAGCUAUGCCUGGUACCUGGAUGAUUUGAGAGAUGUUCUGAUAAACCCUGAAGGAAAAGAAACUGUUGAAAACAAAACAAAAGUGGAGCUGGUUGUCCUGCAUGUAUGUGGGUUUGGAGUCCUGACCAGGUACAGUCACCUGCUCAGGAGAUCUUUUAAAGUGUUGUGGAAACCAACAGACUCAUGUACCGUCAAAGACAGAAGGGAAGAGCACCAUCGACUCUUUUGCCUGGCUACUGACCUGAGCAUGCUCAAACUGUUUGAGUCCUUCCUGGAGAGUACUCCCCAACUACUGUUACAAAUGUACAUAGUGCUGAAACAGGGAGAAUGCUCCUUCAUGCAGUAUGUAUCGAUGGGCUGCUCCUUCUUUAACACAGCCUGGGCCCUGGUGGACUAUCGACGCUGCCUACGCAGAUCCCUCCCUAAUAUCCACGAGAUGCCUUCUGGCCUCCCCACUAUCAUCUACCUCGUGUACAAGCUCUCCACCAUCACCAGCCACAUCCUCAGCUACAGCCUCCUCCUCAUACUGAGUGUUUACACCACAGUUGGCCUCUGUGUCCUGUGGCUGGUGGGAACCAUGUGCACACACCUGUUCAAAACCAACUUCUGCUCAUCGAAAAGCCUGGAGCUCAUAUACCAGGCGGUCAUCGGAGUAAUCCUCACCUUCACCUUUUUCAACAUCAAGGGGAGAGACACCAGAAUAGUCAUGACCAUUUACUACUUUUUCCACUCUCUCGUUAACAUCACGGCUCCUUUGCUGCUUAUGUACCUGAGGCCAGAGAUAAAGUCUGUGAUGCUUUUGCUGCCGGUGGUUUAUGCAGGUCUGUUGUUGGGACUAAUCAGCCUUAUACUAUAUUACCUCUACCUGCAUCCCAGGGGGAAGUGGUUUGAUGCAGAUGAAGUGGACGGUCUGGGAAGGGAGACAGAAGCCAUGAGGAGAAUGAGAGCCUUUCUACAACCUUGAUGACCUUGCUUUAUUUCUAAUUUUAAAUGCACUAGUGUUUAAUUUAUGGUUAAUUAUGCACUUUAUAAAUCAGAUGGCUAUAAUCCUGUACAGAGUGUAUCAUCUUUUAAUUUAUUCAUUCAUUUUCUACGGUUCACCUGGACAACUGACCAACCCUAUACCAACUCUAGGAUCAACUUCACUUAAUUAUCAGUAACUCCAAUCAAAAUUUUACACAGAUAGCAAACAGGUAUAUUUUAUACAGUGCCAACCAAAAAAGGAGCUAUAUUUAUAUAUAUAUUUAAAAACGGCCAACAAAUAAAUAAAUAAAACAUUUUAUAAUAGUUUCCAGGUUUAGUAGAUGCUUGUACAGACAGUUUUGUUGUUAAACGUCUGAUAAGAUGUUUUGCACUAUCAUCAGAUAUUUGCCUUCAGACUAUUUUCAAGUAUUCACGGUCCUUCAAGCCAGCCGGCAUGCCUACAUUAUGUAUAAAAAACUGUAUAUUAAAAGUAUAUUAAGCAGUUA